GUAAAAUGGAGGCUAAAGCUUUGAUUCCUGAGGACGAUCUCUGUUGCUCUGUAUGUUGUGAUAUUUUUAAAGAGCCUGUUGUACUGAAAUGCAGCCACAGCUUUUGCAGAGAGUGUGUGCAGCACUACUGGGAAGAGAAGCGCUCUCGAGAGUGUCCCAUCUGCAGGACCAAGGCCUCUAUGAAGGAUCCUCCAGUAAACCGGGCAUUAAGAAGCAUUGUGGAGUCCUACUUAAAGCAGAAGACUGAGAGUGAAGCAGAUAAAAGUGAAGCUGUGGAGAAGACUGGAGUUUGCUGCAGUCUUCAUGGAGAGAAAAUACUGUUGUUCUGUGAGGAGGAUCAGGAGCCUCUCUGUCUUGUGUGUCAGACUUCUAAAAAACACAGAAACCACCAGGUUUGUCCAGUGGAAGAGGCAGUACUGGAUCUGAAGGAGGAACUGAAGCCUGAUCUUAAUCUUAUUAAAGAAAAACUGAAGAGGUUUACUGAGGUUGAACAAGAAUGUGAAGAAACAGCAGAACACAUCACGAGUCAGGCCCAGCACACAGAGAGGCAGAUAAAGGCAGAGUUUGAGAAGCUCCACCAGUUCCUGCGAGAGGAAGAGGAGGCCAGACUAGCUGUACUGAGGGAGGAAGAGGAGCAGAAGAGUCGGAUCAUUAAGGAUAAGUCAGAAAACAUAAGAAGACACAUCUCCACCCUUACAGACAAAAUGACAGCUAUAGAGAAGGCCAUGGACACUGAAGACACCACCUUUUUAAAGAGCUACAAGAACAUCAAGGAAAGAGCCCAGUGCACACUGCAGGGUCCAGAGCUGCUCUCAGGGGCACUGAUAGAUAUGGCCAAACACCUGGGCAGUCUGAAGUUCAGAGUCUGGGAGAAGAUGCUGGGCACAGUGCAGUACACUCCUGUGGUACUGGACCCCAAUACUGCAGCCCCAUGGCUCUCUCUCUCUGAUGAUCUCAGCACUGUAAGAGACACAGAUACAAAACAAAAAUAUCCUGACAACCCAGAGAGGUUUAACUCCUGUGUGAAUGUGUUGGGAUCUGAGGGGUUUACCACAGGAAAACACAGCUGGGAGGUGAAGGUUGGGAAUACAUCUGCUUGGGAUAUAGGAGUGGUGAAAGAGACCAUCAGUAGGAAGGGAGAGAUAACAGCCAAUCCAAAGAGAGGAUUCUGGGUCUUAACGCUGAGGAAUGGUGAUAAGUACAGAGCAGUUGGAGUUACUGACCUCACACUGAAGAGGAAGCCCCAGAGCAUCAGAGUGCAGCUGCAUUAUGACAGGGGGGAGGUGUCCUUCUUCGACUCCAGUGACAUGUCACUCAUUUACACUUUUAAAGACACAUUUACUGAGAGAGUGUUUCCAUUCUUCUCUCCCUGUUUGGAAGAAGAUGGGAGAAACGAUGGGCCCCUGCAAAUAUGCCCAGUGAAAGUUUCCAUAACAGUGUCAUGCCAGUGAAGGUAUCUAUGAAAAAAGAACUGACCAAAGAUGUUGUACUGAAGGAGUAUUAUAGAGUAAAUCCAUUUAAUAAUUGUACUUAAUCAAUUCUCUUUCAUGAUUAUUUUGUUUAUAGUUAAUGAACUGCACAUUCAUUUUUGAGGAUGUAUACAUACUGUAUGUAGGCAUUAUGUUUUGGAUUUUGUUUUGAUCCAGAUUUGUCAAAACAAUUUCAUUUAUGUACAUAUUUAUAAAAGAUUUAUUUCAUUUGGUAAAACUAAUCAGUGUGAACAAAGCUACAUGUCUUCCUAGGUGAAAGAGCAGAAGCAAGAUCAGAUAUUUAAAAUAAAAAUAAAUUUAAUACAUUUAAAAUAGGCAUCAGCCAAUAGGUCUGUGCAACAGUCUCUAGUUAGAAUGUGAAACACUGAAUGUUCUGUCUGGCCAGUUGGUGGGUAAGUGAGGUCUAGGAUUGGCUCCUCCAGUCCACAUGGGUGCAAAUGUUCACCUGGCCCUCCAUCCCACCCCUUGUCCCCACAGUCUAUUCGACCAUGUGCACAUCCACAAAGAAGCAAUACACGUUUGCUCAGAGCCUUAAGAGCACAGCCCUCAGACAAAAUCCAGUACAUUCCUACAUCCUACAGGAGAAACAUAUGAGUUCCCAGCAUACAGAAACCAGCAGCAUGUACCUCUAGACCUGCACACAGGACACCAGUCAGGAUGCCUCCACCAAAGCCAGAGUAAUACCCACCACAGCACCCUCCUCAGUACACAGCUUUGGACCCCUUAAACACAGGAUCCCCGAAACACAGCUGGGACCUUUCUCACCUGGACACAGCCAAACCAGACCUGGCUCAGCUCCUCCCCCCACAGCCCAGCACCACAGCCACAGUUCCAGCAGCCAGACCAGAAGGCCCCACUGGCAAUGAGCUGUCAGCAGAUGCUCAGCUUCAUACGCUCUCACCUUAUGGGCUACAUACAGUGGUAGGAAGACAAAAAAAAGAAAGAAAAAAACAUACAAAUUUCUGACUGAGUGUACAGGGCCCUAUAUAAUGUGUAAUGAUUUAAUUUUAUGUGUCACUGUUCCAGUUGAGGCUCGCUAGAGGGCGCCGGUGCUUCAGACUUAGUGUUAUUUUUUGCUGGAGGGGUCUCUUAGUUGUUUGUAAUUAUUGUUUUAUUGGUUUUGUCAUGUCUGCACAUGUGUUUAGUUCUUUUAUCUCUUUAGUUUAUGUUCUGCACCUGUUAGUUUAGAUAUUUAAGUACCUUGUUCUCAUAAUUUUCUUGAUUGGUCUUGCGCUGCUUGUGGUCUUUAUGUGUAGUCUCUUGUUCUUUGGUCCUAGUUUUCAUGUUUGUACUUGUGUACAGGCAUGUUUAUUGUUUUGUCUCUAUAUGUCAAAAUAAAAGUUCUUGUUAUAGUUGCACUACGGUGCCUGUAACUUGUCUAU